CCCCCCCCCGCUUGGCGCGAUGAAGCUGCUGACCCACAACCUGCUCACCUCGCACGUGCGGGGCGUGGGCCCGCGGGACGGAUACCCGCUCCGCAUCCAGGCCACCGAGGUCCGCGUCAACGCCGUGGACUUCAACCCCGAGUUCGUGAGCCGGAUGAUCCCCAAGAUGGAAUGGCAGGCGCUGGUGGAGGCGGCCGAGAGCCUGGGUCACUCGUCAGACUUACCCCGACAACUGACGGAGGGCUACCAGCAGGACGAGGAGUUUCUGCGGAAGGCGCAUCACGUCUUACUGGAGGUGGAGGUGGUGGAGGGCACGCUGCAGUGUCCCGCGUCGGGACGCCGGUUCCCCAUCACGCGAGGGAUCCCCAACCUGCUGCUCAACGAGGAGGAGGCCGCGGCCUAGGCCCCCCGCACCGCCCCCCCGGGCCGGGCUCCCCCCCGCCUUCGACGCCCCCGACCCCCUCCCUCCGCGCGUCUCCCCCCCGCCCCCGACGCACGCACGCCGUGAGGUCGUGACCGUCGUUAUAUUUUCUCGUUAAAUGUCCGAAACCAAACGCGUGUUUUGUCUUUGCGGCAAAUAUACAUUAAAAUAGAGUCUCUGUA